AUGUGCACGCAUCAAAAUACAGUUCUCUUCAUAUGUCCAGCGUGUGCGCCGAUCUCGUAUCCUACUCGUAACGGGCCAGCUUUCGACAAAAUAACAGAAGCCUCGGAACCCCCCUCCGGAGUCGGGACUGCUCUUGGAGGAAGACUGGCACAGUCCCUAGCGGAACAAGGUGAAGCGAGUGGCACCUCUCUGCGAACCGGAACCACAAGGCCGAGGACCUCUAGAAGGAACAGACAGGGAUACAGCUUGGACCAGGCAGACGCUGAUUCUGAAUCGCAACUGACUGAUCCCGCUCAAGCCCACAGAAGGGGAAGGCAGCGUUGGACUAGAGAUAUGAAUCUAAGUCUGAUCAACGCUUACUUUCAAGUGACGGAAGGGGAAAAAAAUACUAGGAAAUACGCAACAAGGCUUGCAGAAAGGUGGGCACAGUUAUAUCCAGACAAAGUGUUCACUGGAAAACAUCUAGUAGCACAAGUGAAAAACAUAAAAACUAGAAAACUGCUGUCGCCUGACGAACUGGACGCACUGAGAGCCGAGGUGCUGGCACAGUCUCCAACAGCCAGACUUAGGAGCAUAAGAAGAAGCAUUCAAGGGAGCGCAACCCCACCAAGGCGAGUAUUGGAGCCUGUUGAAGAAGAAGAAAUACAGGGUACGUCAGAGCCAGAAACGGAACAGCCUGCCCUUGAAAUACGCGAGAUCUUUGAGGAAAUUAGCUUGAAAUGGGAAGGGAUAUCACUGAAUAGAAGACCGAAGAUAAGUCGAAUCAAGCUGAGCACAGAAGCAAAAAAAAUCAUGAGAACAAUCAACGCGGCCGUGAGAGAACCGAUUAACAGGUCAACAGGGUUUGAAGAACUAUGUCACAGGGUCUAUUGUGCCGCUAUUGUAGCGAAUCUUUUACUACAGACGAAGCCGAAACAGGAAAACCAGGGAAAACAAACACAGAAGAAACCCCCAUGGGAGGAGAGACUAGAAAAGCGGAUAGCAACAAUAAGAAGAGAAAUAGGAAUUAUUCAUCUCACCUUAAAUAACGGAAAAAUCAGCAGGAAAACGAACAAGAAACUAAGAACAUUCACACAAAAAAUUAACCUAAAAGAAACAGACAAACAGUAUAAGAUAAAAUUACAAAGCCACGUUGAAAAGCUCAAGCAAAAAAUUGCGGCGUUAGGAAAUAGACUGAGGAGGUACCAUAAGAGGACCCAGAGAUUCCAACAAAAUAAUCUAUUCACAAACAACCAAAGAAUGUUUUUCAGAACUAUCAACACACAGAAAGACAUGAAAGCGACCCAACCCCCAAGCCCAGAUACGAUGAAGCAGUACUGGUCGUCUCUUUGGUCGACAGAGGUAAAACAUAAUACGGAGGCGCCGUGGAUUAACGUCGAAAAGGGACAUCUAGAGGAUAUACAAGGAAUGCCCAGAACCAAAGUUAGUGAAGAAGAUGUCAGAAACACCAUCAAAAGAAUGAAGAAUUGGGCAUCACCCGGAGUAGACGGUAUCCAUGCCUACUGGUGGAAAACACUCACGUCUACACAUGGUGUGUUCGCUCGGCUUAUGGAAGAAGCGCUGGACAACCCGCAGUCAAUCCCGGAAUAUUUCACUAGCGGCAUGACAUAUAUGUUGUUUAAGAGAGGAGACCCAACACGUCCUGACAACUAUAGGCCGAUAACUUGCUUGCCGACAGCUUAUAAAAUUAUAACUUCGACGCUGGCUCACAAGAUAAAUAAUCACUUGCUGAGAAACAACAUCAUGGCGUGGGAGCAAAAUGGGUGCAGAGAAAGGAGUCGCGCCAGCAAAGAAGUUCUGAUGAUUGACAACGCGAUAACCAGACAAGCUAAAAAGAGGAGGAAAAACAUAGCUGUAGCCUGGAUUGACUACCAAAAGGCGUACGAUUCUGUUCCUCACUCGUGGCUUAUAGAAGUUCUGAAGAUCUAUGGGGUAGAGAGGCGAGUGAUAGAAAUGCUCAAGUUCGUGAUGAACACGUGGCGAACAACAUUAAUACUGAACGAAGGAACAACUCAUUACGAAACAUCCGAGAUUAACAUAAGACGAGGCAUCUUUCAGGGUGAUAGUUUGAGCCCCCCUUGGUUCUGCCUGGCUCUCAAUAUAUUGAGCAGUAUGCUCAACCGAUCAGCAUACGGGUACUAUAUCAAUGAUACUACGCAGAUCACACAUCUUUUUUAUAUGGAUGAUUUGAAACUGUUUGCAAGGGGACGGGCUCAACUCGAGGGCGAAUUGGAACUGGUCAGGAAGUUCAGUGCUGACAUAGGAAUGACACUGGGGGUGGAGAAGUGUGCAACGGUCACCGUAAGAAGGGGAAAAAUCGUCGACGAGGGUGAUCUGAGAAUGAGGGACGGAACAGAAAUAAAAAGCUUGAGUAAUGAAGAAACUUAUAAAUACUUAGGGAUACAGCAGACAUUUGACAUAAGAACAGAAGAGAACAAACAACAAGCUAAAACAGAGUUGCUCAGGAGAACAAAGUUGAUAUUCAAAUCACAACUCUCAGCCAAGAACAAAAUAUUAGCGAUCAACAUCUGGGCCAUACCGUCCUUCACUUAUACGUCGGCUGUUCUCUCCUGGUCGAAGACGGACCUCCAACUGAUAGACAGAAAGAUCCGGACAGAAAUGACAGCAUCUGGCUUACUCCACCCCAACUCGGCCGUGGAAAGGCUAUACUUACCAAGGAAGGAGGGUGGUCGUGGCCUGACCUCCAUUGAGGAUGCCUGUUGGAAAAACAAACUCGAUUUAAAAAAGUACUUCGCCAGCAAACACUUACCUCUUCAUCAAUGGAUCGCUACCCAAGGAGACCUCCCAGCCAUUGCGGAAACUUUCAGUGAGGACAUACCUGCAACAGAAAAUACAUUAGAAAACCUCAGACAGGGCUGGCAAACGAAACAACUUCACGGCAGGUUCUACGCAAGUUUACAUCAAGAUGAGGUGGAUUUAACAGCGUCUAAUACUUACCUAACUCAGGGUUACCUAUUUCCUCAAACAGAAGGCACCUUAUUUGCGAUCCAAGAUCAGGUUGUGCCAACUCGAAAUUAUGUCAAGCACAUUAUGAAAAAGUCAAUAGAUAACACAAGAUGCCGACUGUGUAACAGUGCUGAAGAGACAGUGCAGCACCUGUCAGCAGGCUGCCCCACAAUAGCUGGAACACGAUAUCUAUCGCGACAUGACGGCAUGGGGAAGGUCGUACACCAACUGCUUUGUAUAAACAAAAAACUUCUCCAACAUUUCACACCGCAUCAUCUGUAUGUUCCGUCGCCUAUUGAGGAAAACGAAACCUUCAAAAUCUAUUGGGACUUUGCCAUCACUACGGACAGAGGAGUGGAACAUAAUAGACCUGAUAUGGUGGUGUGGGACAAGAAAGACAAAACUGCCACAAUAAUUGAUUUUGCUGUGCCUCAAGAUUAUAAUAUACUGAAAACCUAUGCUGACAAAAUCAGUAAGUAUGAAGCACUAGCAAGGCAGAUGCGAGAUAUGUGGCAGCUGAAGAGGGUCGAAAUAAUUCCUCUCAUUGUAAGUGUUAAUGGGUUGGUCCCUAAAAAAACAUCUCAACACCUACAGGAACUACAAUUACCCCCCAACACGAUCACCUGGAUGCAAAAGGCAGUUAUACUGGGCACAGUGAGCAUCGUUCGACAAGUUAUCUUUCCGCACUAA